AUGCCACUCGCAGGCAAAAAUGCGCUGAUCGGCACUGAACACCUCUUCCAACUCCUCUGUCUCAUUUUACCUCGCUCUUCGUCUCUCCAUCCACGCCUACAUUCAUCAUCCACCGUCCACUUCGUCGUUGAUGCUGCUGCUGCCUCUUCUUUAGAACAAAUGCACGGAUCAAGGGUAGACGAAGGCGGCUCUUUACACGAGCUUGAAUGCGCAUCAACCAUUCUCGCCUUCUUCUUCUCUCCACCUUCAUCUUUCCUUCCUCCGCUUCCACCUCCACCUCUACCUCCUUCUCCACAUCCACAUCUACCAAAUUCUCUUCAUUCUUCUUCUCGUUCUCACCUCUAUUCUUCCUUGCCUCAAGCUCAACCACCUUCGUCUUCAACUGCCCCUUCUCCUUCUCAUUUUUUCUUCUCCUCCCGCUUCAUAUGUCUACCCCGGUUCUUGUUUGUUUUCACCUACACGGCCUCACUCUUACUCCCACUCACAUUCACCCUCGUCUCCGUUCCUUCCUCCACCACCUUCCCAUCCCGCACACCUAGUCUCCCAUCACCUACAAACACGCACACGCCAAUUGAAAGUGUAGCAUUAAAGGUUGACAAAUUAUGUGUCAUAAUGUACAGGGUUGGAAUUCGCGGACCGCACAGGCAUUCACAAUCUGUUGAACUUGACCAUCCUGAUGAGCGUUAUCUUCGAGUUGACCGAGUCUACCUCAGUCUCCCCUCCCCGCUUCAUUUCAAACCCCGAACUACCUUUCUUUUUUGUUUGGAUCACCCUUAUUAUGAUCUACGUUGUUUCCUGCAUAUACCUAAGAGAUCGCGCACCAUGUCCGCCUACUCUUCAUCCUUCUCGACAGAGGGAGCCAUUGCCAGACCCAGGAGAGCCUAA